AUGGACGUCCUGCGUGACGCCGAGAAGACAGAAAAGUCAACCGGCGUGGGGUCUCCUACCUUCCGCCGGUUGAGCGCGGUGAAGCAGGUGGUGGAGCAUGUUGUCGACCUAGUCCACCAUCACGGUGUACUGCUUGUGUCGGGAGAGCAUGUGCUGCUUCACGGGGCAAAGGAGGUGCAGCCGGAGCCCCUUUCCGCGGCCGGAGGGGCUUCCGCGGCCGGAGGAGCAGCCGCGGGAGGAUCGGGGCGCUCGGGAGCUGGGGCGUCGGCUAGUGUUCCUCUGAUGGCGGGUCUGCAGCACGUAGACCUCACCGGGGGAAUGGGGGCCCGGGGCUCGACCGUGAGCGGAGCGAGCGGGAGUGGAGCGGACACGGCGGCCGCCAAAGCUCGUGACGAUGCGGAGCUCAUCAAGCUCUUGGACUCCCCUCCGACCGCCACGAACGCGAAGGGGUAG